AUGCCCCAGCGUAGACGAUCUUCCUUGAUUGAUCAAAUGGCCAUGGUGGCCGCCAACCAGCCCUUUAUGGAAGACAUUAGUGAAGGAAGCAACGAUGAUGACGACGACGACGAUGGAGUGGAAGAUGGCGUCAUGGCUUCAACCGACAAUGAUACUGUGGGAGAAACGGAAAUGGUCUUUAACACGGAAUUGGACGAUGGUUCCAAUGAAUAUUCCAUUGAUUUGGUAGAUUCGCAAGGAGAAUCUGUGAGUAUGAUGGACUUUGAAGACAGUGAUGAUAAUGACGACGAUGGGGACGACGACGACAAUGAUGAACGGAACACCCUGGACUAUGAUACCACCAAUACGGCGCUAUUAGGUAUGGGAGGUAUGGGAAUGGGAGGAAAUGGUACCAGCUUUCGGGCUCGUCCUUCCUUUCGAUCCGAGGGUAUGAAUAUGAAUUCUCAAGGACCACCAAUCGAUUAUGCCUCCUUAAUGUACGGACCUGGGGAAGGAGGCCUCGGAGCACGGUCUUCUUCUGCCGAAGCAUCGUUGGGGGGCAUGGGGGGUUCUCGAGUGGAACGACGCCGCCCACUUUCCAUUUCCGUUCCCAGCUCAGCUGCCAAUUCUGAUGUUGAAAGUGGCGGUCCACAACAACGACGAACCUCCAAUCGCAUCAUUCAUGCGAUUGGAGAAGAGGGAUCUUCCAAACCAAGCGGAAACUCCAUUUUGAGUUUUGCUCGUCGGGCGUCUCGCAAGGCAUCUACCACCACUAGCUCCUUGGGAAGUGAUAAGUUUGGAUCGGCCAUUGAAAAGCUCAAAAACAACGAUUCCAACAGCGAAUGGGAAUCCGUGGCGGCCGCGGUGGCGGUCGUCCAAGAGGGAGAACGGAGGGCGACCAAUACCAACAAGUCUCGAUUGAAUCAAUUUUCAGCCGGCGAUACCGUCUUAGUGUUUUUGACCUUGCUCAAUGUGACAAAUUCGGAGGAUCCCAAGGAUACCUUUACCAUUGCGGCGGUCAACAAAUUUGGAUUUCCCGACGGAGAGGGCAAGACAGAUGAUGAGAAAAGGGGACCUUACAACUUUGUAUUGGCGACGGUCAAACAAUUGCAUUUUGAAGAAGACGAUCGGUACUACACCGUUGUACGGGCAGACACUGGAAGUGAACAGCGGGCCGAUUCUGGAUGGAUGGAACCAUUAACCGAUCCAGCAGGCCAAGAGGCUGCUCGACGAGCUGCCAAGAAGACGAUUCGGAGUCAAUCGAACGAUGAUGUUGAAUUGGCGGACGAUGGUGGAUACAUUCAAGAUGUGGUGACUUGGAUUGUGGAUGCAAUUGUGUAUCCGUUCUUUUACUUUACCAAUACCAUUUUGCCGGGAUGGCGCAAAUUGCGACUGACGGCCAAGGUCCGAGUCUCUCAAUUGCUAUACGGAGAUUCACCCUUUGCCUGUCGGGUCCGAGUGACGGGUAUUAAUCUCUUGGUCCUGUGCAGUUUGAUCUUUUUGUUCUUGGAAGUGGCCAAUCUAGCAUUUUUGCCACCCGACUUUGAUGCGCAAAUUUCAUUGGUUGUGAUUGUUGCUUGGGCCUGUCUCGUCAUCGAACUGUUGUUGGAGAUUUUAAUUCGACCACUCGAUUACAACGACUUGAUGGAUUCAGACAAGGCCUUUUCUCCUACGACGGCACGCCACAUCUCGUUCUUUCAUAUUUUCUUCGAAGCGAUUGCGUUGGCGACCUUUGUUCCCGAAUUAUGGUGCACAAUUCGCCACGAUGAAGUCUGCGACAAGCAAGGUUUGUUUUCGCGGUCCCGCAGUACCAUGGAUGCGGUUUUGGGACAGUCUCCAUCAAAAGUCAUGCUGGGACGAACGCUAAUGGGGAUUACAGCCUUUCGUUUCUUUGGAGUGGUCCGACAUUGGAAACAAGCCUUGAUCAAUGAUACCUAUCAGUCCGUAAAGUCCUCCAAUGGGCUGAAACGAUUCACUCGGGCUAGUGCGGGUGACUCGGUUAGCUCCUUUUCUACGUUAAUUUCGAAACGAAAGUCCAAGGGAUCAAAGAAGAAUGACGAUGAAUUGGAUCGAAGCCGUCAUGGAGAAAAAGACGAUGACACGAAACGAUCUUCUACAGAAGAUGAUGAACGUCUCAAGAAUGCUGCUACCAUAGGAACCGCAUUGAUGGUCGUGAAUUCGCAACGAGCUUUGGUCUUGUUGACAUCCAUUGUUCUCAUCCUUCCAUUGCUGAUUUCUCGAGUCAAAACCAACUCCAUUUCGACUGACUUGACACGGGUCCUACAGGCAAAUAACGUCCAAGCCCUGGAUACUGAAGACUGUGAUUAUUUGAAAUCAGCAGUAGACUCUUGGCUUAGCAUUGCCAUGGUUCCACAACCAGAAUCCUUUGUGAAAUCGCAUGAAGAUACCUUUGUACUUUGGGCGCAAGUGCUUCCAGUUCGUUGCGAUUGGCAAAGGGAAGAUGGGAUCAUUACUCACUGUGAUAACAAUACUCUUUUCGAGCAAGGUCAUCAGGAAGCUUGUGAGCUUUGGGACGAUACAUUGCAAUGGGGAAGUUUUUCGGAUGAACAAAUGAAAGGAUGGGAACUUGAAGAAAAAGUGGACACUGUCAGAUCCAACUUGGCACAAGAAAUGAAUUUGAGAAUGCCAGCUAUCCAAUGGAAAUGCCUCUUUGGAUUGGAAAGCGUGCCUUGCAAUGUUGGGUCUUCGUCGGAAGCGGAAUACAGUGUGACUGUUUACUACAAUAACCACCCCACUGUGUCAUUGGCCAAUACAAGUUUGUUCUUUCUUCUCCUUGGGAUUCUGAUUCUUGGGCUGUACAGUCUUUCAGCGCUUCGCAGUGACGCCAUUCGACUUGUUCUUGAUCCACUUCAAAGAAUGUUGAAAAUUGUACUGCAAUAUGCCGACAAUCCCCUAUCACAUAACGUAAUGAGGUCCGGGUCCAAGACUGACGACGAUGACAUGACGCAGAUCGAUGCGAAAGAAAUUGGAAACUACGAGACAGAACAGCUGAUCAGUGCGAUCACAAAGAUUGCAGAUUUGCUCCGAAAAUGCUGGGGAAUCGCUGGAGCUGGUAUUAUCUCUUCAAAUCUUGCCAGAACAGUGGAUGGGAAAACGGUGGUCUUCAACCCGACCGUCCCUGGAAAACGCGUCUAUGCGCUCUUUGGAUUUGUGGCUAUCAACGGUUUCAGUGACCAGCUUCGGCGAUUGGAUCGUGACGUCAUGAUUCUUAUCAAUGAUGUAGCACGGGUGGUUCACGAUGAGGUCUAUCGAUGGGCGCUUGGUGACCACGGCCAGUGUAAUAAGAAUCUGGGCCCAGCUUUCUUAAUGGUCUUCCGUAUUGGUGAUUUCUCGGAAGUGCACAAGAAGAAGCAAGUUGCCACUGAGAAACUCUUCCGAUCGAAUAAGGGAAAGAGGACAAGCGGCAAGACAGGCCUUCGUAAUAGACGGAGCGGUCGUAGCGCACGAAGCUCCAACAGAGGGGGUGAUGCUCAGAUCGAUCUCGCGUCGCUGCCUGGUAUCCAAGGUUUCACGGAUCGUGCUUUACUGGGUAUGCUGAAAUCAUUUGCCGGAAUCCAUCGUGACAAAAACUUGUACGUGUGGCAAAGUGACUUCCGUCUCAGUGACGGAGUUGGAAAGUACUGCGUCGAUAUUAUUUACGGAAUGGAUGCAGGAUGGGCUGUGGAGGGAGCGGUUGGCAGUGAAUACAAGAUUGAUGCGACAUACCUGUCACCACAUGUCAAUAUGGCAUCGCGUAUGAUGAGUGCGACAAAGCAGUACGGUGUGACUAUCUUGUUGAGUAAGGCCGUGGAGGAACUAUUGUCCAAGAACUGUCGCAAGAAACUUCGCCAUCUUGACACGGUGUAUGUGAAGGGAAGUAAUGUCAAACAGCAAAUUUUCACUUACGAUGCAAGGCACGAAGGGGUUGAUUUCUUUUUGAUCGAAAGGAGCCCAUCGCAAGCCGACAUUGAUGCCGAGGCGUACACGCCAAAUGUCUGGGAUCACGAUCAAGAUGUGAAAGCGAUGAGGCAACAUAUCAGUGAAGACUUUCUGGAAGCUUUCAACAUGGGUGUAAAGGAGUACCUGGGGGGAAACUGGACGGAAGCCUACAGCUUGCUAGAAGAGGCCGACAACAAAUUGAUUGCAAAUAUCAUUGAUGAGGGAUACCUUGAAUUGGAUCCAGAUGAAUUCCCCGGAGACAUCUUUGACCGGAACAAUAAGAAUGAGGAAUUGGUCAGGUUAAGGCAUGAUCUUGGUGAUGGAGCUUGCAGGGUGCUCAUGUCUUACAUGAAAGGAAGAAACCUUACUGCACCUCCAGAUUGGGACGGCGUUCGAAAGCUUUCGAGCAAAUAA